ACACGACUUUAUUUAGAGGAGUGCGAUUUACAAUAAACAAAAACUGAAGUAAAAAGCAAUCGAUAGAAAUGCUUACGUAGGAUAAGGACUAAGGAGUAGCAAACAAUGGCGGUGGUGAUGACAGCAUCGUUAUCCGCCGUCAGAUCGGAAGCCACGACUGCGGGAAACGGUGCACCAGCUCCAGAGAAUCAGAAGCCACCGCCGCCGCGGCCAAGGUUGGCGAGGCCUUUCCUCUCGGUUUCGAAGCCUACUUGGAUCGUCAGAACCGAGUCGAAUGUUCGGAAGGAGCGCAUAGCAGCGCCGGUUCCAGCUUGUGUUGUUUGCAGAGGAAGUGGUAGAGUUGAUUGCUACAACUGCAAUGGAAGAGGGAGGACAAAUGAGAUGGAAAUGACAAUGCUCCCUAAAGGAGAAUGGCCCAAAUGGUGCAGGAGCUGCGGCGGCAGUGGCCUUGCUUACUGCGCGCGGUGUGUUGGGACGGGGGAAUACAGGUAUAUUAUGGGAUUUCACUUCAUGAACAAGGACGCCCAUCUUCCGCCCAAAGAUAACCCCACCUAUCAUCGCCGGAGUUCGCAUACAUUCACUGACCUUUUACUAAACACAGAUUCCGACGGCCAAACCUCACUUUUGUGAUUGCCCAUACUCGUUUAUACUUACCUUCCUUUACAUUGUAUUUUCAUGUUUGUUGUCGGCUUAGGUAAAGCUUAUACAUGUUUUAUAUUUCAUAUUUUGUCUACCAGAUAAACUUAAGGAGGAAUAUAGUCUACGCAAUUUAUUUUAAAA